AUGCUUCGAGUGCUUCGCAGGUCUUCGAGUUUCAACCUGGUCGGGCCUUUCCCGGCUGCGAUCCGGCCGAGGCUGGGUGUUCGGGAACAGAGCGGCGCGGCCAGUUAUGUGGAAAGCCUCACGCAGCUGGGUCGCAAAGUGACACUGCCCAAGUCACCGUCGGAAGCUGUUCUUGAGAAAGUUGCAAACAUGCACGAGAAUUACCCUUACGUGACGCGCUUCACCUGCCCCGAGUUCACGUCGCUCUGUCCUCUUACAGGGCAACCGGACUUUUGUCAUAUGGUAAUAGACUAUGUGCCAGACAAGUGGCUCGUGGAGAGCAAAUCGCUAAAGUUGUAUUUACAUUCGUUUCGUAAUCACGGAGACUUCCACGAGGCAUGCACUAUUGGUAUUGCCCGUAGGCUCACGACGGAACUAGAACCCAAGUGGCUGCGCAUCGCGGGCUACUGGUAUCCGCGUGGUGGCAUUCCAAUCGAUGUCUUCUACCAGACGGGGGAGCCACCAAAAGGUCUCUGGAUACCCGAUACAGGUGUUCAGCCGUAUCGCGGUAGAGGCUGA